AUGGUGCUCGUUGUCAACCAGCGAGUUCGCCUCUCGAGCUCUCACACUCCCGUCAACGCUCUCGUUGGGAUGGCCGCGCUGUUCAGGCUGGGACAGCAACACUCGCUCGACCGCGCGAGCUACUCGUCUCCCGCCGCCCAUCCCGACUUUGAUGCCUUUGACGCACCCUCGGACGACGAGGACGGUGACACAGGCUCACACUCGCUCGUGAGGCCCGGCGGAAGCAGUGGAGGAACACAGCAAAGCCACGAGGGCUACUCCUUCGACCAGCCGUAUUCGACAGACCCGCUCUCGUCCUCCUCCGCCACCCCUCCCGCCGCUUCCGCCUCGGCAUCCUCUCCCCGGCGCUCGUUCUCCCAGACGCACAGCUUGCCAGGCGGAUACGACUUUGAGCCACAGUCUGAGCCGCUCAGACCGGGAAACGGCGCGCCGGCGGGUGUUGCGGGUGGAGCGCCCAGCAUCCCGCUCAGGACGAGGCCGUCCGUCAUGAGGGGCGACUACAGCCAGUCGGACGGCGAGGAUUGGCCAGGACGAGGUUACGGACAAUCCGAAGCUGGGAACGGUGCUUCGGCGGGCCAGGCGGGAUCAGUGGGUGGCUGGCGAGGACUUGUUGCUCGCUUGCGCGGUCAGACGAGCGGGUCGAACGACGCCUCGAACGCGGCGGGCGAGUCGCACGGCUUGCUCUUCUCGCAAGACGAGUCGGACGAGACCGACACCGAUGCACCCGCGGCGUCCCGACCGUCGACAUACCCUCCUCCGCACGCCCAGACUCGCAACCCCCUCCUCCCUCUUCCCGUACGACCACCUCAAUUCGCCCCGCCUUCAGCUUCCGGUGCGACAGCAGGACGAGUAUUCGGUGGCGGGCAGAGCAACGACGGCGUCUUUGCGAACUUGGCCGCGAAGCCGGAUAACCCGCAAGGAUUGGACGUCGUUGGCGAGGGGCCGGACAAGAACGAGGUGCUGCCGCCCUACGAAGCAGCGCAACUCGACCCUUCGCCCGCGUACUGGGAGACGACCGUCAUUACACCCGGCGGACCUUUCAGUGCAGACGACAUCUGCGUCGACGGUCUGCCCGUCGGCAACCUCUUCAGCUUUGCGUGGAACCUGCUCGUGUCCAUGUCCUUCCAGUUUGUCGGCUUCCUCCUCACCUACAUCCUCCACACCACGCACGCUGCCAAGAAUGGCUCUCGCGCCGGACUCGGCAUCACCCUCAUCCAGCUCGGCUUCUACAUCAGGCAGCGCACCGACCACGCCUCCGACUUCCCCCUCGACCCCUCUUCUCCCGGCGACGAAACCGGUCUGAACGGUUCCGCCGGCCCCUCCGAUCUCGACUCUCAACGUUGGACCUGGUGGGGCGGCUUUGACGACACGCCCGUCGAGUCUGCCACCGCGACCGCCUCCGGAGUAUUCGGCAGCCUGCCGACGCAAGUGACGGACGCGUUGGGCAACGUGCUUGAUGCGAGUGAUCCGCAGGCUACGCCGACGGGUCUGGGGAUGCCGAGCUUGCAGGGUGAUGGGUUGUCGGUUGAGGAGAUGGGGAGGAUGAACGAGGCGGCGAAUGAGUGGUUUGCGUUUGCGUUGGUCACUGUCGGGUCCUUUCUGCUCAUUGGAAGCUGUCUUGCCUACUGGCGCGCAGUCCGCUACGCCCGCGCGAUGCGACGAGGGCAAGGACCUGGCGCCGACGCCGAGAACAUGGUCGCUGUUUCUUGA